UCUACCACAGCUCCCAGCAUGCCAGGGAGUGGCUGGGAGAGCCAGGCUGUUUUCUGUAGGACUGGGGCUGGGCGGAGGGUUGCAGAGUGGACACCAGUAGGGACCUGAGGAAUUACUGGCCAGAAGAGUGAAAGCUGAAGAGAAAGAGCACAGUAAAGGAGGUUUUUGGCUGGAGUUAUGAGGGUGGGUGCUGCAACCUUGGCUGCGGGGAUAUUUGGGGCAUUAGGGACUCUGUGUUUCUUCCUAGCCUUUGGUACAGACUACUGGCUGGUGGCCAGCGACAACUGUGGACCGUAUACAUGGCCGACGCAAAAAACACUAGAAAAAGAUGCCAAUGGGACUGAGACCCUGUUAGUGGAAGCUGUCACUGCUUCUCCUCCGUCUCUCACUCUGCACCACGAGGGCUUCUUCUGGCGCUGUGUGUUUCAGGUGGAGCCCACAGCACAUGCAGUCCUGGCCACUCUCUUCACAAACCAGCCAGAAUCCAAGGUCUGUGUCCAUGGUUACCUCUUCCCUCUGCCUGUUGCACUUGGACAGGUGCCUCAUCCAAGUUAUGAUGCUACAGCAGUGUUUCGGGGUUUCUGGACCGUGCUGAUAAUCCUUGGCCUGGUCGCAGCUCUAUCAGGAGCCUUCCUCUUGGUCUGCGGCGUCCCCUUCAUCAGCUACAAAUUAUACAAGCUGGGCGGCGCUUUCCUCAUCACUGCUGCCUGCUUGUUCCUGUUAACGCUGCUACUCUACGUACUGUGGAUGGAGGCGGUGGAGGUGAAGCGCUACAUCCUGCAGGAGAGAGGAAAGGCGUGUCCACAGGCGCAGGUUUCAGUGCUCUACGGCCUGUCGUUCAUGGUGGCGGCUGCUGGUGUGCCUCUGGAGCUCAUCUCUGGUUUGGUCUUCAUGCUGGUGGGCCGUGUGUUGCAUGCCAGAAAGUGAGCUUGCCAUCUGGCCUGAAAGGGAAGCAAGGACUGACCUUUUUAUGUCCGGCAUUGGGACUCGGGAGCACACUUGUGGGAUGUGAAUACUGGCUGGAAAGAUGUUGUACAACACAUCAUGUAAUAACUCGGCAAACUGUAAAACAUUUUCACUUCACCUGCAUUUUGUAACAAUCUGCCACAUCUAGUAGCAAACAGCCUGAACCCAAUAUGUAAUUCAUUUCCCCUAAUUUUGUAAUAAAUAAUGAUAUAUUGUGGUGGCUAUUACAAAAUGUGGGAUGCACACUUAUUUUAUGAACUGCAUUUUGAAUUAGCUGAAGAGUUUUGAUGGUGUUUUUGUCAAAAGACCAUUGCAGUAGUCAACCCAGCUAGAAAUAAAAGCAUUUGUCAUGAAGUCUCUGAGUUUGACUGCAUUUGUAAGAUGAUAACAAACUGAUCUUGUCAUUGCUUUUAUGUGGCUAUUUAUUUAUUUUAUCAGAGUCAACUAUGACUCCAAGUAGGUGGACCACAGAUCAUAUGAGUCUAAUUUAAUAUUUGGGAAGUUUCAUUAAGAUUAUUUAUUAAAAAAAUAACAUGCGUACAGAUGAGAUUUUGGUUGGACGUUACAUAAUGCACCAUAUUAUUACAAUAUCCUCAUAAAAUAGUGCAACUCCUACAUUUUGUAAUAACCACAAUAUGUGAUAUUUUGAAAUGUAGGGAAAUGUAUUACAUAUUGUGUUCAUGCUGUUUCUUACAAAAUGCAGGUGUUAUUACAUAAUGAAGUGAAAAUGUUUUACAGUUUGUUGAGUUAUUACAUAACGCCAACUUGGAGUCAGUCAAUGAUUUGGUUUUCUAUAACUUGCUUUGUUUUAUUUCUACAAAAAUCACUAAUUACUAUAGAAUGAUAAUGCCACAAUAAGGGAGUGUGACAGUUUAUGGUAUUAAUAUGGUGUGUAUGUAUAUGAUACUGGCAUUGAGGAGCAACAUAUGGUGUGCCAAGACUGUUUUUUUUGAACCAAUAUUGUGAGUAUAAAUAUCUCUUCCACUCAGUUGCAACCUGUCAUUGUACUGACAGUAAAACUGAUGUUAUUAAUGCUGCAAAUGUCCAUAGAGCAAAAGGUGAGACAUGUAUGGGUGAACCAGCUGUGUCCCCUGUCCCGCCUUUGGCACACCAUCAAAGUAGGAUAGCUGGAGCUGGAGUGAGCUGGGAGGGAGGAAUUGGUGGUUGGACUGGAGAUGGAAACUGUAGGUUUGGAUAGAGGGGCGGGGGUGGGGGGUGGAGCAGGAGACGGAUGGAUAUAGCGGGGGUUGAGAGAGAAUUGAUGCUUGUAGGGGGGCACAAGAGGGCUUUGAGAAAUGAACAGCUGUUUGUGGGUUUGGUUGGUGUACAGCAGGCCGGCCACCUGGCUCCUUCACCCCAAUCACAUUUCACUCCCUCACUAAAAUCCUUUCUCUUUCCUGCUUCAUACUAGUAUGUUUCCCUGUCCCUCCCAACGCGUUUACACGAACUUAAAAUUCAGAAACCCUCUAACAGACACUCUGCUGACAUACAGACAAAAUUUCCUUUCCAAACGGGAAGCACAGACUUGUGAUCGUAUCAUAACUGCCACAAUAUUAGAUCAUCCUCCUUUUUCAUUGGUCUGAAUGGGCAGCGUGUGGACUAGCGGGUGGACCCUCAAUCACACAUAUCAGCUUUUAUCUGCUCUACUGAGGAGCAAGAGUGGUGGAGGGAGGGGGCGGGGGGGCAUGUUUGCUUCAAAGAAACCACUGAUCAAACACAUAAAAAUACACAUUCAAGCACACACACACAUGCUGCCAUCAAACUGUCCAGAACACAUUGUUAAUUACUAAACUAUAUUGCACAUAAACAUAUGCUGAUCCUAGAGCUGACUUAUGUAAGAUUCAGAGUACUGCUGUAAUAUAGCACUAUAGCCAUCAAAUUCUGUAGGUCAGAUAGGUUUACUGUGUUGGGAUGCCAGAGGAAACCCUCUAAUUUUGGUACAUUGUGGAUGUGGUCUUUUACAUGACUGUCACUGAUCAUUUACAAUGAGAUUUUAUUAUAAUGAGUUUUAAUCUAAGUGAAGCUUUCAUGAUAUAUAAUGCUUUAAUUGUCUGUAAGUGUUUAAAUAAAAGUGUUUCAAUAAAACAAAAAUAUCUCAGCUUGCUAACUAUGAGGCUUUAUAUGCUGGGAAUUCUCA